AUGCUCAUUGGCACGAAGCCUUGCAUCCAUAAAUGUGUUGCCCCCCACCCCGGCUCUGCCCUGGGCUAUAUUUACCUCCACCCUCACCAUAAAAGGCUGCGACUGCCGCUCGGACAUUCUGGCAAGGGCCAACAUUAUUUUUGUUGUGUGGACCGCAGCACUGCGUGCGCCUACCUGUGGGUUUACUGGGGCAUCAAGCUGCUGGAGUGGAGCUGGAACAUCUUCUCGUUUAAAGCUUGGAGUUUCGGGGAUUUCGUACAGGAAACCUCGGGGCCUGAGCGAGAAGGGGCCUGCACUAUGUCUGGAUCCAUACCCUUCUACCAGAAGCACCACCGCCACUACGACCGUGGCUACCGGAGCUUGGAGGCGGAAUCCAAAAUGAGUCACUACCAGGCCAGCAGCAGCAGCAGAUACGCUGCCGCCAGCAUCACCUCUGCCAGCACCAGGAGCAGGGGACUUAAAGUGUCUUCCCACUCGGGGCUGGAGGAGAGCAGACUAAGCCCCAUAACCAAGAGAGCCAAGCCAUCCUACUUGGCUGUGGACAAAGAGAACCAAAUCAUCGGCUAUGUAGUGCCUAUCUUCAGGGGCAGUCAAGAGUUUGCUACGGGAUUGUCAGAUACAGAGGAGGCCAGAGUGAGAGACACUGCCGCCUACAUGGCCCGCAGAAAUUUGUUCACCAGUGGUGUGGAGAUGGAGCGGUCAGAGCUGAGCUCCAGGAGGGAGGCUAUGCGCGAGUCGGCCGAGCGCAUCUCUCUCAACAAAAGGGUCAGUGCCGGAUUUUCCUGCUGCUUUCGGAUCGCACGAGGCAGCCACGUUCAAAAGAAAUGUGAAGGAAUGGCUUCAGGUCUCAGGUCCUAUGACCUAGCCUUGAUCCAUGAACACGGGGAGCACUUCAAGCGCAUGAACCGAGACAGCCUGAUGCACGCCCCAGAGUUUGUGAUUAAGCCCCGCUCCCACACGGUGUGGGAGAAGCAGUCCGUGCGGCUGCACUGCACCGUCAGCGGUUGGCCAGACCCCAGGGUCACCUGGUACAAAAACAAUGUGACAAUCGACCCCCUCGCCAAACCGGGCAAAUACAAGCUCGAGAGCAGAUACAACGUGCACUCGCUGGAGAUCGACAGAUGCGAUUUUGAUGACACGGCCCAGUAUCACGUAUCUGCCACCAACUCUGAAGGAGAGGAGUCUGCGUUUGCUUCGGUCGUUGUGAAAAGGUUCAAAGGUGAAAUUGAUGAGUCUCUGCCAGCACCCAGACCCAGACGUCUGAAGGCCGCUUUCUCUCUAGAUGGCCCGAUUUCCGAGUAUGGGAUCACCUUCCAGACUCACAUUGUCGAUAAGUUUGGCGUGUCCUUUGGAAGAGAAGGUGAGACCAUGAGCUUGGGGUGCACCGUCAUCAUCUACCCUUCCCUGAAUCGCUACCAGCCGGAGGUCCAGUGGUACAGAGAUGAUGUUCUGCUGUCUCCCUCUAAAUGGAAUCACAUGCACUGGAGUGGUGACCGAGCCACUCUGACACUCACACACCUCAACAAAGAGGACGAGGGGCUCUACACCAUGCGCGUCAUCACCAAGUCGGGAUAUGAAUCCUAUUCGUCUUACGUCUUUGUCAGAGAUUCUGAUGCUGAGGUGGAAGGUGCUCCCGGAGCUCCUCUGGAUGUGCGCUGUCUGGAUGCCAACAAGGAUUACAUCAUCGUCUCUUGGAAGCAGCCGGCUGUCGAUGGAGGAAACUCCAUCCUGGGCUACUUUGUCGACAGGUGUGAAGUUGGAACCACGCACUGGGUUCAGUGCAACGACACUCCCAUCAAGUUCGCACGCUUCCCCGUCACCGGAUUGGUGGAGGGUCGCUCGUACGUCUUCCGCGUGCGCGCGGUCAACAAGAGCGGCAUGAGCCAUCCGUCCAGAGUCUCUGACCCCGUGGCUGCCAUGGACCCGGCCGACCGCGCCCGCAUGAGAGGUACCGCCGGCCAAGAGUUUAACCGGUCAGCUGAAUGUCCGGUAAAAGCCACCGAUCUCUGCACGUCUGCGCCCUGGACCGGACAAAUUAUCGUCACAGAGGAGGAGCCUGCAGAGGGUGUCGUCCCUGGCCGACCCCGUGAGCUGCAGGUGACUGAGGCGACCAAAAACUACGUGGUGCUGAGCUGGAAGCCACCCGGAGAGAAGGGCCUUGAGGGUGUGAUGUACUAUGUGGAAAAGUGCGUUUCCGGCACAGAUAGCUGGCAGCGGGUAAACACCGAGCUCCCUGUAAAGUCUCCUCGCUUCGCGCUGUUCGAUCUCGCCGAGGGGAAAUCCUACAGCUUCCGCGUCCGCUGCUGCAACUCCGCAGGCGUCGGCGAACCGUCCGAACCAACUGAAGCCACCACAGUGGGGGACAAGCUUGAUAUCCCAUCUGCUCCAGGAAAAGUCGUUCCCACUAGAAAUACAGACACAUCCGUUGUUGUCAGCUGGGAAGCCUCCAGUGAUGCCAAAGAGUUGGUGGGUUACUACAUUGAGGGCAGUAUUGUGGGCAGCGACGUUUGGGAGCCGUGCAACAACAAGCCUGUAAAGGCCACCAGGUUCAUCUGCCAUGGGCUGAUGACGGGAGAGCACUACGUGUUCAGGGUCAGGGCCGUGAACGCGGCGGGUCUCAGCCAGUUCUCCCCGGAGUCGGAGCCCGUGGAGGUGAAGGCUGCCAUUGGGGGCGGCAUCCCACAUGGUGUGUUGCAGACGAUGGGGCCGGGGGGUAACGCUCGCCGACUAACAGAGCACAGACCACUCUGGACGGGCUCGCAUGACACUGUCCAGUCUCUCCCCGACACUGUCCGAAAGCGCUGUAGAGCUGGGGCUGACACUGAGCCAGAGCCCCGGGACACUGGGAGCAAGGGGGACCAGAGUGGUGGCGUGUCCCGGGCCCCUGACCCGGUAGAAAACCAGCCCUCGGGGUCAGACUUGGUUUCCGAGGCGCUUACUGACACGAGCACGGCCGCGCACUUUGAGAAAGCCCCCCCCGAGCUUAACAGUCAGGGUGCAGAGGCACGUAAGUCCCCCGUAGAUGUUUCUGCCGAUCAGGAAGGUGCAAAGCCGAGGACAGAGCCAGAAGGAGCCUCGCCGGCCCCUCCCUAUGGCAUCACCAUCUUGGAGUGCGUGCGCGACUCCAUGGUGCUGGCCUGGAAACAGCCGACCUUCGUGGGAGGCGCCGACAUCACCGGCUACUUUGUGGAUUACCGCGAGGUCAUCGACGGCGUGCCGGGGAAGUGGCACGAGGCCAACAUAAAGGCCGUCAGCGACAGGGCCUACAGGGUGUCCGACUUGCGGGAAAACAUGAAGUACCAGUUCCAGGUGCGAGCCGCCAACAUGGCCGGCGUCGGCGUCCCGUCGUUGCCUAGCAACACCUUCCUGUGCGAGGAGUGGACUAUUGCAGUGCCAGAGGUGCGAAACGACUCCCUGGUCCUGCUGUGGAAGCCUCCUGUGUAUCAGGGUCGGGACCCGGUCAACGGCUUCUACGUGGACAUUAAGGAAGCGGAAGCUCCAGAGGAAGCUUGGAGAGGAGUCAAUACCAAGCCUAGAGAGAAGACCUUUAUCAAGGUAAUCAGCAGGAGGCCCUUUUUGACCACCGUCGACGACGAUGGCGUCAUCUCCCUGAACUUCGAAUGCUGCGACAUCACCCAAGACUCCAAAUUCGUGUGGUCCAAAAAUUACGAGGACAUCACCGAGACCUCCCGCCUGACAUCGGAGACCAAGGGGAACAAGUCCAAAGUCGUUUUCAACUCUCUGGAGGAGGAGGACAUUGGCAUUUACUCGUGUCUGGUCACGCACACUGAGGGGGCCUCGGCCAGCUACACUCUCUCCGAGGAAGAGAUGAAGAGGCUUCUGGAGAUCAGUCAUGACCACAAAUUCCCCAUAAUUCCCCUAAAGUCGGAGCUGGCUGUGGAGCUUUUGGAGAAGGGAAGAGUGCGAUUUUGGCUGCAGGCGGCGCAGAUGACAGCCAAUGGAAAAGUCGAUUACGUUUUCAAUGACAAUCUGAUUUCUCAGGGAGAGAAAUACAAAAUGAGCUUUGACAAGAACACCGGCGUGAUCGAGAUGGUCAUGGAGUCUCUGACCCCAGCGGAUGAGGGCACCUUCACCUUCCAGCUGAAAGAUGGAAAAGCCACAAACCAGUCCAGCUUGGUGCUGAUUGGGGACGUUUUCAAGCAGCUUCAGAAAGAAUCAGAGUUCCAGAGGAAAGAGUGGUUCAGAAAGCAAGGUCCUCACUUUAUCGAAUACUUGGGCUAUGAGGUGACACCGGAGUGCUGCGUGCUGCUGAAGUGUAAGGUUGGCAACAUGAAGAAGGACACGUCAGCUAUGUGGUACAAAGACGGACACCAGAUCAAAGCGGACGAGAACCUCGGCUUCACGGAGGGAGUUCUGAAGCUGGAGAUUUCUCAGAUUUCCAAGAAGGAUGCUGGAGUGUAUGAGGUUGUUCUGAAGGAUGACAGAGGGAGUGACACUUCCACACUCAACCUGACAGACCAAGGUUUCAAGGACUUGAUGAAUGAAGUGUUCAGUUUUAUCGCCAAUUCCUCCACUCCGCUAAAGAUCACCAGCACAGAUGAAGGCAUCCGACUCUACACCUUCGUCAGCUACUAUAACGAUUUGCUCCAGGUCACAUGGCACUACAAGGACUCAGCUAUUGCCUUCUCCGACCGCAUUAAGAGCGGCGUGGUGGGAGAGCAGCUCUGGCUUCAGAUCACAGAGCCCACGGAGAAAGACAUGGGCAGAUAUGCCAUCGAGUUCAACGAUGGAAAGGGUGGCCUGAGGAGGACCGUGGAGCUCUCUGGUCAAGCGUUCGAUGAUGCUUUCGCAGAAUUCCAGAGACUCAAAGCGGCUGCCAUUGCUGAGAGAAAUCGUGCUCGAGUAGCAGGAGGCCUGCCUGAUGUGGUCACCAUCCAGGAGGGCAAGGCUCUCAACCUCACCUGCAACAUUUCGGGCAACCCCGUGCCCGAGGUCACCUGGCUGAAGAACGACCGGGAGAUCACGUCCGACGAGCACUGCAUCCUGAAGUUUGAGUCGGGCAAGUUCGCCAGCUUCACCAUCACGGCCGUGAACACCUCGGACUCCGGCAAGUACAGCAUCCUGGUGAAGAACAAGUACGGCACGGAGAGCGGAGACUUCACCGUAAGUGUCUUCAUCCCCGACGAGGCGGGCGGCAAGAAAAAGUAAAGCGGUCCAAGUCUUAUCGUAAAUAUCUGUAAAUGACAAAAAAAACACUGGUUCGACGGCAAAACAGGGCUUUGAGAGAGUGUCGAGUGUUAUGUGUAGGCUAACCGGAGCUCGAGA